UGGAAAACAUGAAAAGAAAAAACUAUUGAAACAGUGGGAUACAUCUCUUUUUAAUGGUGGCGUAUAACAUAUAUGUGGAAUCCAUUCAAGCUGAACGGCUGCUUGCUUCAGUUCUGCAGCUUCUUUCAACGUAGCAACAUCGUUUGUUCCGCCCAACCUCGUCCCCUGCUCUCUCUCCCUCUCGCAGGACUCCCACCGCUGCAACCAUGCAAUCCCUUCACUCACCGACCCUCCGAGCUUCCCCUCUCGACCCAUUCCGCAAGCAUUUCCACCACCACGCCUCCACCCCGCACACACCUCCCUCCAGGAUCUCCUUCAUUUCCGCCUCCUCCUCCACCUCCGCCCCUAAGCGAGAGAAAGACCCCAAAAAGCGUGUCGUCAUCACCGGAAUGGGCCUUGUCUCCGUCUUCGGCAACGACGUCGACGCCUACUACGACAAGCUCCUCGCCGGGGAGAGCGGCGUCAGCCUCAUCGAUCGCUUCGACGCCUCUAAAUUCCCCACCCGUUUCGGUGGCCAAAUCCGCGGCUUCACAUCCGAUGGCUACAUCGACGGAAAGAACGAUCGCCGCCUCGAUGAUUGCCUCCGCUACUGCAUUGUCGCCGGCAAGAAGGCCCUCGAAGAUGCUGAUCUCGGUGGCGACAAGCUUUCCAAGCUUGAUAAGGAGCGAGCUGGAGUUCUAGUUGGAACCGGUAUGGGUGGUCUUACAGUUUUUUCUGAUGGUGUUAAGGCUCUGAUAGAAAGAGGUUACAGGAAAAUAACCCCAUUUUUUAUUCCAUAUGCAAUAACGAACAUGGGGUCUGCCUUGCUUGCAAUUGAUAUCGGGUUUAUGGGCCCAAACUAUUCAAUAUCAACUGCUUGCGCAACAUCGAAUUUUUGUUUCUAUACUGCUGCCAAUCACAUCCGUCGAGGCGAGGCUGAUUUGAUGAUUGCUGGGGGAACAGAAGCUGCCAUUAUACCCAUUGGGCUAGGAGGUUUUGUUGCUUGUAGAGCUUUAUCUCAAAGAAAUGAUGAUCCACAAACUGCUUCUAGGCCAUGGGACAAAGAUCGAGACGGCUUUGUCAUGGGUGAAGGCGCUGGAGUAUUGAUAAUGGAGAGCUUGGAACAUGCAAUGAAGCGAGGUGCACCAAUUAUUGCUGAGUACUUAGGUGGUGCAGUCAACUGCGAUGCUUAUCAUAUGACUGAUCCAAGAGCUGAUGGACUAGGCGUUUCAUCAUGCAUUGAGAGUAGCCUUGAAGAUGCUGGUGUGUCACCAGAGGAGGUUAAUUACAUAAAUGCACAUGCAACUUCCACUCUUGCUGGUGAUUUGGCUGAGAUAAAUGCCAUAAAAAAGGUGUUCAAGAACACUUCAGAGAUCAAAAUCAAUGCAACCAAGUCUAUGAUAGGGCACUGCCUUGGUGCUGCUGGGGGAUUGGAAGCCAUUGCCACGGUGAAAGCAAUAACCACUGGGUGGUUGCAUCCUUCAAUUAAUCAAUUUAAUCCGGAGCCCUCAGUUGAGUUUGACACUGUUGCAAACAAAAAGCAGCAGCACGAAGUGAAUGUUGGCAUUUCAAAUUCGUUUGGGUUUGGGGGACACAACUCUGUGGUGGCCUUUUCAGCAUUCAAGCCCUAAACCAUCCUGGUUGUCAUCGGCAUCUUUUUGUAGGAGAGUAAUCUUUGCAUAUGCCAGGCUUAGAGAGCCUGCAUUCUUUCCUUUGUGACUAAUUGGAAGUUUGAGUGGCCAAUUGGCCUAUUAGACUUUGCUCCGAUUUUUAAUUAUAUUAAUAUUUAGAGAGUGGAUGUGCUGAAAUGGAAAAUACCACUUCUCUGGCCUUUGUGGUAGCCUCUACUAUGUUUUUGUGCCACUUUAUUAUUUUUAUUAAAGCUUUAUAUACAUUGUUGGCUCA